CCUGACCUCAACAGGAAAGUCCUGAUUCACGGCGCGGGCCCUGCCCCCUUUGGCAAUUCAAAGUCUCCAGACCCACAAGUUACUGAUUAACCCUAGGUUUCAAGAAGAGAAAUAAUAAUAACUAGAGAGAAGACGUAAGACGAGACACAACCUGAGCAGCCCCGGGAGAGGGGUGCCAGACGGCUGCUGUCACCAGGCGCCUGCCGAGAAGGACAAGGGGACGUCCAGCCUGAGGUCAGACGGCAGCCAGGUCCCAGCGGUGCUGGCUGACCCCCCCGGUCAAUGCCCAGGCCCCCAGCUGCCACGUCCCGCUGACUCCGUGCCCAGAAUGGCCUGCGCCGAGCCCCAGCGCGUCUCCACAGGAGCCACCGCCACGGAGGCCACAGGCCCUGCUAGGGCUUAUCUUGGCUCCACGGAUGGCGACCUCGAGUGUCUGGUGUGCCGGGAGCCCUACAGCUGUGCCCGGCCACCCAAGCUGCUGGCCUGCCAGCACCCCUUCUGUGCCGUCUGCCUGAAGCUCCUGCUGUGUAUCCAGAACGACGCCUGGUCCGUCACCUGCCCACUGUGCCGCCAGGCCACCACCGUCCCCGGGGGCCUCAUCUGCAGCCUGCGCGACCAGGAGGCCGUGGCGGGGCGGCUGGUCCGGCCGGAGGUGCGGCUCUGUCCUCAGGGACUGGCGGAUUCCGCCACCUCGACGGCCAGGCACCCCGGCCGGGUGGCAGAGGAAGGGCAGGACGCGGCAAGUGUUAACCGCGUGGCGGCCCGGCGCCUGGCGGCACACCUGCUCCUACUGGCCUUGCUCGUCGCCCUCAUCCUGCCCUUCUUCUACCCGGGCAUCCUCCGGUGGGUGCUCGCAGUCAUUAUCACCUUGGCCCUGCUGAUGCCCUCCCUCUUCUGCUGUCACCGGAGCAGCCGGGGCAGCUGCUGGCCUCCCCACGGGGCGCUUUUCUGCAGAGAACAGAAACACAGUGAGAUCGCUUCCAUCGCCUGAGUGCGCUCCGGGCGGGCGGCGCCUGCGGACUCUUGGGCCCCAUCAGGCUCACGGCGAACGGGGUCAGGGGCUACGAACUAAGGCUGGUUCCCUCAGGGGAUUAAAUGCCAGCUGGACUUGCAAGCCAAAGCCGGAGGGCUGUGUUGGGUCAGGAACUACGUGCCUGGAUGAUAGACUUCUGUCUGUUUGGGGUGGGGGAGGAGGCCCAUACCACUUGGCCACAAGGGGCCUCCUGUUCCUCGGACGCUAAUGCUCCUGGUUUUCCUUCAGAUGCCUUGAUGAGGUUAUUGCAAAAAACAAAUAGAACCAAGACCCCCCUUUUUUGCAGUUUACGUGCCUGGUUUGAUUUUCUUGCUUUGUCUGGUCUUUGGCGUUUGGGGCAGUUUGUUCGGAUUUGUGGCCGUCACACGUUUUUCCUCGUGGGAAGUCGGAGCCCACGGGAAGUCCUCCUGGGCUGCCCACCCCAUGCCCAUCCAUCUCAACAAAGGGCCCGGUGGCUUCGGUGUCCCCGUGAUCGCCCCCAGGGAUGGAGGGGGAGAAUUUGUGUGCGGGAGCGGUUCUGGGGUGGCCGGGGGUCCCACAUUUAGUUGGCAGAGUUGGGGAGGCAGGGAGAGGAUGCAGGGGAAUCUAGGAAUUGCU